AUGCAGUCCAUCAGAGACUUGAAGCCUAACUUCGGCGGACCUCCUCCUUCCUCCAUGGCUGCCGGCCCUGAUGCUUAUCUCCAGGGUAACCUCAGGUUGACUCUGGAGGACCCUGAACUCUGGAAGUCCUUUCAUGAAAUAGGGACAGAGAUGAUCAUCACUAAACCUGGAAGGAGGAUGUUUCCACACUGUAAAGUGAAUCUCUCCGGCCUGAUUCCAUGUGCCAAAUACAUCCUGCUGGUUGACAUGGUCCCUGAGGACGGAUUCAGGUAUAAGUGGAAUAAAGAGAAAUGGGAGGUGGCAGGAAAAGCGGAGCCCCAGCCUCCCUGCAGGACCUACCUCCACCCCGACUCUCCGGCCCCGGGGAGCCACUGGAUGAAGCAGUCCGUCUCCUUCCUCAAGCUCAAACUCACCAACAACACGCUCGACCAGCACGGCCAUAUCAUUUUGCACUCCAUGCACCUCUACCACCCGCGCUUCCACAUCGUCCAGGCAGACGACCUGUUCAGCGUCCGCUGGAGUGUUUUCCAGACCUUCACCUUCCCAGAGACUUCGUUCACAGCCGUCACCGCCUACCAGAACACCAGGAUUACAAAGCUGAAGAUCGAUCACAACCCUUUCGCCAAAGGGUUCCGGGAGGAAGGCACCAAUAAGAAACGGCGAGCCAACAAGAACCCAGGCUGCCCCGAGAAGAGACCAAAGGCCUCAGACAUCUCGGACAGGGACUCGGAGGAGGACGGUCCACAAGAUUUCUGCCAGUCAUCCUAUGAGGCUUAUGAUGGAGAGGAAGGAGAGCUGCCCAAAAGGAAAGGGGUCAGUGAGGUCAAAGAGGAGCGCUACUCCCCGUGGGCCGCUGACCGGGAGCACAGAGCGAGGACUGACUCGCCCGCCGGGGCAGACGCCAGAGAUGUGUACAACGCAGAGCAGCUGGUUCCUGCUCCUGCGUCCUACCAGCCGUACAGGUUCCACGAGUACGGGAAGUCUCCCUCUCCUUCCUCCAGCAUCGGCAGCAGCACCAGUGGCACAGAGCGCAGCAGCUUUGAGUCCAGGGUCCCUGAUGUCGCCACCGUCCCCGACCACGACUCUUCAAAGAUCGGGCCCUCCCCCUGCGGCCCCCAGCCCCUCCCUGCCCCCCAGGACUACAGCCCAGGGGUCCUCAACAUGACCAUGGCCCAGGCGGGCAAGCCCGGGGUCAUCGGCCACCACAUCUACAGCCCCUAUGGCGCCGAGCAGCCCCUGGGCCAGUGGAGUGGUCCAGGCCCCGCCCAGUACCCACCUCCUCACCACCUGCCCGCCGACUACACCACGCAAGCUGUGCACCACGGCUAUCAUCAUGGCAACGUGGCCGAGUGGAGCCAGUACCCGCUGUUCUCUUACUCCUGCUGGUGA